AAAAUUCUGAUUAUAAGACGCUCAAUAACAAGAGGAUACUAUUAGGGCUGCACACGGUCCGGUCUGGUCUGGUUUGACAGAAAAAUCAGACCAGACCAGAAAUUUCGGUCUGAAAAUUUUCCAGACCAGACCAGACCAGUCAAGACAACGGUCUGGUCUGGUCUGAUCUACGGUUUUUUUUUUUUUUGUAUUUUUUUAUGAACAUCAACAAUCUGUUUUCAAUUUAGUCUACAAUCUGUUUUCAAUAAUAUUCAAGAAUCUAUUUAGUCUACAAUAUCAACCAAUAUCAACAACAUAUCAACAUAUCAACAUAUGCUAAUUCUUUUAUGAUUUUGAAAAAGGUACUUUUAUAUGUCAAGAAUCCAACAAAUGGAGAUUCAACAGACUAAAUUUUACACCAUUAAAUCCAACAGCCAGCACCAUUAAAUCCCCACCCACAAUUAGGAGUAACAAAACAGACUUAAAGUUCAAUCUCAAGAAUCCCCAAACAAAGAAAACCUAAUUAAUUUUUCACUAAAAUUACAAAUUUUACACCCCCCAAAUUUUUCAGAUUUCAAUCAACCCAGAAAAUGGAGAUUCAACAUCACUUCAUAAAAUUCAAAUUCCAAAUUCAAAUUCAACAGAAAAUGAAGAUUCAUCUUCGAAUUUAAACAACAACUAAUAAAAAAAAUCCUACAAAAUAAAAAAAUCAACCAAUAUACUUACAUUACGAGAUUCUACUCUAGAUUUCGUGGUGAAGUAUUGAAGGAGGAGCGUCGAAGCCUCGAAGAAACACAGAAGCAAAGCACAGCUUCAGAAUCUUCAAAGAUUAAUCGAGGGAGAAGGAGAAGGAACGAAUCGAGGGAGAAGGAGAAGGAAGGAAUCGAGGGAGAAGGAGAAGGAGAAGGAGAAGGAAUCGAGGGAGAACGAGAAGGGAUCGAGGGAGAACGAGAAGGAACGAGGGAGAAGGAAAACUAGAGAAGGGAUCGAGGGGAUUGCCGGACUGGGGAGGGAGAACGAGAAGGGAUCGAGGGGACUGGGGAGGCAGAAUGAGAAGGGAUUGAUUCAUAAUGUUAUAAUAGGAGUAGUAAAGUAAGAUACUAACAUUUAAAACUUUAAAUAAAAUGAAAUUUAUUACGGUUUUACGGUCCGGUCUGGUCUGAAAAUUUUAAAACCGGAACCGGAUCGUAAACCGUUUUAAAAAAAAAAACGGACCAGACCAUUUAGACCGUAGACCAGACCAAAUAUUUAAAUUACGGUUUGGUCCGGUUUGGUUUACGGUUUAGACUAAACCGUGUUCAGCCCUAGAUACUAUUAAUAAUAAAAAAACUUAAGAAUACUAUUAAUAAAGUGCAAUAUCAUUGAUAAUUUCCCAAUUUAAAAUCAUACCCUACCAACAAAAAAAAUCAAACCUACCAACCAAAUUUUCAACACAUGAACAACACCAAUAAGCAACAAUGCAAUUAAAAUAAAAAAUUCACAUAUCAUUCAACACUUUGCUGGCCGUUCAACAACUUGGCCGUCUUUAUUCUUACUAAUGAUUCAUAUUAUAAGGAUUUAGUCCAACUAACCCUCCAUACUUCACAUGCUCCAAUACAACAUACUUUCCACCGUGGCCUUUAUUUAGCAUUAUUUGUUAUUCGGAUUUGUUCACUUAUUUUACGUCAUUUUUAUUUUUAAACAACAGAGUAUCACUUUUUAAUAUUAUCCACUCAUUUUGUAUCAAUUACUAUUUUGGUUUGUCUCACUCGUUUUAUAUCAUUUUUAUUUUGAAACAAUAAUAUACUGCUUUCUUUUAAUCUCAUUCAUACAUUCUAAUUCUUUUUUAAUUUCAUUCACAUAAUUCAUUCUUUCUCUUCAUUAAUUAUCAAUAUCCACUUUUUUCUUAAAAGUGAUAAUUUUUUCUGAUUGACCAGGACAAAAGUAGUAUAUGUGUAUAUAACCCACAAACCAUCAAGAAAAUUAUCUAACCACAACCUAUAAUGUCUACCAAUAUGUCCAUUCCAAUAAUUUCCUUCUUUUCUCUUCUAUUCUUGAGCUUCUUCAUACCCAAAACUCAUGGAGCCUUUUCAAAAUCUAUAUCAAAACAAGAAAUGGGGAUAAAAGACGAACAAAAUCUAACCCAUCUACACUUUUACUUCCAUGAUUACGUUCAAGGGUCGAAUCAAACUGCCCUUCGCAUCGCUCAAGCCCCUACGACAGACAAAUCUCCAGGGGCUUUUGGUACCCUAGUGAUGAUUGAUGAUCCUUUGACUGAAGGUCCUGAAAGCGACUCGAAAAUCAUAGGGUAUGCACAAGGGAUGUAUGGUUUUGCAGACCAAAAAACAGCAGGAUUGUUGAUGGUUAUGAAUUAUGUGUUUGUAGAAGGAGAAUAUAAGGGGAGUACCUUAAGUGUGUUGGGAAGGAAUGAAGUGAUGAAUAAGGUUAGAGAAUUGGCUAUUGUUGGUGGGAGUGGAGUGUUUAGGUUUGCUAGUGGGUAUGCUCAAGCUAAGACUAUCACAUUGUUGGAUUCAAGUGGUGCAAGUGUUGUUGAAUAUGAUGUUUAUGUGCAACAUUAGUAUGUUUUUGAAUUUAUAAAAAUUGUUGUGUUUUUUGGUUUUAGAAUAUGUAUGCAAUUGAUUGUUUGGAUGGACAUUUUGAAAUCGUAGGCCGGUUUUGAAAGUUGGAAUAAAAUGUUCAUCUUUUUCAGAGAUUCAACGAAUUCUAUAGUGGUCGGUUUUUAAAGUCAAUCACUAUAAUUUAAUGAAAAUUAUUGUGUUUUUUCGUUUUAGAAUAUGUAUGCAAUUGAUUGUUUGAAUGAAUAUUUUGAAAUUGAAAGCCA